GACUCCAAUCAGCAUGAGCUUUUCGGCUGCCAUUGGGGUCAUCAGUGGAUUCAAUGAAUGUGUCACUUCGUGGCAGUGGGCCAAAUCUGCCAUUUCAUCUCUUCACUCCAGAUGGACUGGCUCAGAGGAGCAAAGUCUCCAGGAUUGUGUAUUGCAGUUGGAGAGUAGCCUGCAACUUCUCAAGGAUACUCUUCCCGCAAUGCACGACCUCAUUAAUAAAGCAGAGUGGAGGAGCCACGAACACGGUGUGGCCAAACUCCUCCCAAAUCUCAAGGAUGCACUGUCUGAGGCCGAGGACCUUCUUGACGAGUUCACAUGGUACGAGGAGAAGGUGCAAGUAGAGGGUGAUACAAGUCAAUCUCCUUUCACUGAAUUCUUUGAUACGGUUGUCCCAGGCAGCUUCAACAAAUUGAAUGGUGUGCAGAUUAGGUUGAAUCAUCUUUCGGUUCAGCUUGAUAAUAUUGGGCUUCGUGGAGUUACACACCGCUUUGACAAAUUAGUCAGGCCAGAGACCACCUCUUUGCCAAAUGAAACAAAAAUAUUUGGUCGUGACAAGGAGCUGGAGCAGAUACUGGGGUUUCUCAAUGUACCUAAUAAAAUUUCAAAACGCAAGAGAGCAACUAUUUCAAUCAAUGCAUCAACAAGCCCACCAUCAAGCCUUCCUGUUUUGCCAAUAGUUGGAAUUGGUGGUGUUGGAAAGACUACUUUGGCCCAACAUAUAUGCAUCAACAAACGAGUGAAGUCUCACUUUGACCUUAUAAUUUGGAUUUGUGUCUCGGAUGACUUUGAUGUGAAGAGGUUAACUAAAGAGGUCAUACAAUCCUGUACUGGUAAGGAGACAAGGACUGAUAAUUUGGAUUCUCUUCAGAAUGCUCUCUAUAACCAUGUGAACAAUAAAAGGUUACUGAUAGUCCUUGAUGACAUGUGGGAUGAUGCUUUGAAGGAAAAUGGGCAGUGUUGGAAGAGGUUUUGUGCACCUUUCCGAAGUGUCCAAGAGGGAAGUGCGAUGCUGGUCAGCACUAGGUGUCCAAAGGUUGCCAUGGGGGUGCGCACAAUUGAGCCCAUUAUAUUAGCAGGUCUAAAUGAUGUUGUCUUUUGGAAUUUCUUUAAAUUGUGCGCGUUUGGAUCUGAGAGUUCUAGCAAUGACCCUGAGUUAGAACAUAUUGGUAGAAGAAUACUUCCUAAAUUGAAGGGUUCUCCUUUGGCCGCCAAAACUCUGGGACGCAUGUUAAGCAUGGACCUUCAAGCAUCACAUUGGAAUUUUAUACUUGAGAGUGAACUGUGGGAGUUGAGACAAGAGGAGACGAACAUUUUGCCUGCCCUUCGGUUGAGCUACAUGUAUUUACCAUUCUAUUUGAAGCAAUGCUUCUCAUUCUGUGCAGUGUAUCCGAAAGAUUACAAAUUUGAGAAGGCAUUCUUAGCUGAGAUUUGGGUAGCAGAAGGCUUCGUGGAACAUCAGGGUGGUAUUCCAAUUCAAGGUAUUGGCUGUCAGUAUUUUGAAGAUCUUGUAGCACGGUCCUUCUUUCAAAAAGUUGGUGGCAGAUAUGUUAUACAUGACUUGCUGCAUGACAUGGCACAAAUGGUUUCAGAGCAUGACUGCUUCAUCUUAAGAAAUAAGAGUGACUUUGAUAAAGUUCCGCAGAAUGUUCGUCAUCUGCACGUACUCCCUAGCAGUGACUUUAACUAUUCUAACUUGUUGAGAAUAUGCAAGUACACAAAGCUGCGUACCAUUAUUUGCAAGAAGAAUUUAGGGAAAAAGAUUGGCUUUGUAAUGGACCAAUGGUGUACUAAACUUCUGUGUAUGCGUGUGAUUUCGUGUGCCUCCACAAAUGAGUUACCAGACAAUAUUGGCAACUGGAAGCAUCUUCGGUACCUUGAAAUCUCCCGAGCGUGUCCUUUGAAGAGGAUUCCUUCAACUUUCUGUUGGCUGUAUAAUCUGCAGAUUUUAUAUGCCAAGAAAUGCAAGCUAGAAUGGUUUCCAAGUGAGUUUGGUAAGUUGAUCAGUUUACAGAAACUCGAAUCCUAUGGAUUGUCGUAUUAUGCUGGGGGUCGCAUGACUCUUGAUUCAGCCAAUGGGCAGGGACAAGCAGGAAUCAGGUUAAUAAAGAAUUUGAACCAAUUUCGUGGACACUUGGAGAUAUGUAAUGUUGACAUGCUAAGUAAGGAUCAUGCAAGAGAAGCAGAACUGAAGAAUAAGAAAUAUAUUGACAAGUUGACGCUGAAUAUGCAUUCACAGGGCCGGGGUCUCAAACCAUCCAGCACAAUGUGAUAGCAGCGCUUGAAGUUCUCCAACCUCCUAUCAGUCUCAAGUCUUUGUUUCUCAAGAAUUAUGCCGGUGUCUCGUUUCCAAGCUGGUUUCAGCCACAAAAUUUGCCAAGCUUGAACUCACUUACUUUUAAACACAGUGUUGGACUUAAGAGCCAGUCAUUUUCCAUGAUCACACCGAGUAUAAAAUUAAAUGAGAUACACACAGUUGGCACUUUCAGGUCCCUGACAGACCUAACCAUUUGUGGCUGCGGAAAUAUAACAAGCUUGAACAUUUUCUGCAUCCAGAUUAUUUCCCAGCCAUUAAGAGAAUAAGAAUUAUUUCUUGCUAUAUGUUAACUUCAGUACCUACCAAAAAGUUUGGGGAUUUUCAUUUCCUUGAAGAACUGGAUGUGCGCUAUUGUCCAAACAUCCGCCUACAAAGAUUGGUUUCACCGUCCCUUAAGAAUCUUAGUCUGCGGGAUUCUGUUCUCUUUUACAAAAUUGACUGCUGCUCCCUCACCGACUUUCGCUUACAUUGUUCUUCUGGCACAUCCAUCCAACUACAAAUGUGGAGUCUUCCAUCUCUUCGGGAGCUAACCAUUAGGUGUUCGUCACUUACAUCUAUUGGAGGAAGCAUUACAGCAUUGUCGUCCCUUAAUGUCCUAAGUAUUUCUUUCUGUUCUAUAAAUUGUCAACCCUUGACAAUCUCCUAACACAAGAAUAUCUACCUGCUAUUGAGAAAAUUCACAUAGGAAGUUGUCCUGAGUUACUGUCCCUGCCAGUUGAAAGGCUUGUGAGUUUAAAUUCUCUGAAACAUCUGCUGGUUCAUGAUUGCCCAACCCUCAACUGGCAAAUGGGACUGGUGUUGC